GUGGCCGGGCGGUCGGAGCGCGCCUGCGCGGUGCGGCGGCGGGGCGGGGCCUGGGCCGUCAGCCGGCCGCCGAGGAGGAAGGGACCGGCCUCGUGCGGUGUGAGGGGCGGGACCGGGCGGCCUGCGGAGGGUCGAGCUGCGGGAGGCCGGGCCAUGCGGACGUGCCGGGGCGCGGGGCCGCCGGGGUCCGUGAUGAUAGCCGCGGCCGUGGUGCUGCUGCUGAUCGGCGUGGGGCCGGCUCGCGGCUCGGAGGACAUCGUGGUGGGCUGCGGGGGCUUCGUCCAGUCGGACGUGGAGAUCAACUACUCCCUCAUCGAGAUAAAGUUGUACACCAAGCAUGGGACUUUGAAAUACCAGACAGACUGUGCCCCUAACAAUGGUUACUUUAUGAUCCCUUUGUACGAUAAGGGGGAUUUCAUUCUGAAGAUUGAGCCUCCCCUAGGGUGGAGUUUUGAGCCGACGACCGUGGAGCUCUAUGUGGACGGCGUCAAUGACAUCUGCACAAAGGGCGAGGAUAUCAACUUCGUGUUCACCGGGUUCUCCGUGAACGGAAAGGUCCUCAGCAAAGGACAGCCCCUGGGCCCCGCGGGAGUCCAGGUGUCCCUGAGAAACACGGGGACCGAAGCAAAGAUCCAGUCCACGGUUACACAGCCCGGUGGAAAGUUUGCAUUUUUUAAAGUUCUUCCUGGAGAUUAUGAAAUCCUUGCAACUCAUCCGACCUGGGCGUUGAAAGAGGCGAGCACCACGGUGCGUGUAACCAACUCCAACGCCAACGCGGCCAGUCCGCUCAUAGUUGCUGGCUACAAUGUGUCCGGCUCUGUCCGAAGUGAUGGGGAGCCCAUGAAAGGGGUGAAGUUUCUUCUCUUUUCUUCUUUAGUAACCAAUGAGGAUGUCCUGGGCUGCAACGUCUCACCAGUGCCUGGGUUCCAGCCCCAAGACGAGAGCCUGGUGUAUUUGUGCUAUGCGGUCUCCAAAGAAGACGGCUCAUUCUCCUUCUAUUCCUUGCCAAGUGGGGAGUAUACGGUGAUUCCGUUCUAUAGAGGGGAGAGGAUUACCUUUGAUGUUGCACCUUCCAGACUUGACUUUAUAGUGGAACAUGACAGCCUAAAAAUUGAGCCCGUGUUCCACGUCAUGGGGUUCUCCGUCACUGGGAGGGUCUUGAAUGGACCCGAAGGAGAAGGUGUCCCGGAGGCCGUAGUCACUCUGAAUAACCAAAUCAAAGUCAAAACAAAAGCUGAUGGCUCAUUCCGCCUGGAGAACAUAACAACAGGGACGUACACCAUCCACGCUCAGAAAGAGCACCUCUACUUUGAGACGGUCACUAUCAAAAUUGCACCUAACACGCCGCAGCUGGCUGACAUUAUCGCGACAGGGUUCAGUGUCUGUGGCCAGAUAUCAAUCCUUCGCUUCCCUGACACCGUCAAGCAGAUGAGUAAAUACAAAGUUGUCCUGUCAUCUCGAGACAAGGACAAGUCUUUGGUCACUGUGGAGACGGAUGCUCACGGAUCAUUUUGUUUUAAAGCAAAACCGGGGACCUACAAAGUUCAGGUGAUGGUUCCGGAGGCAGAGACCAGAGCAGGGCUCACGUUGAAACCCCAGACGUUUCCCCUCACUGUGACCGACAGGCCUGUGAUGGAUGUGGCCUUUGUACAGUUUUUGGCAUCCGUUUCUGGGAAAGUCUCUUGUUUGGACACCUGUGGUGACCUGCUGGUGACCCUGCAGUCCUUGAGCCGCCAGGGUGAGAAGCGGAGCCUCCAGCUCUCGGGCAAGGCCAACUCCAUGGCUUUCACGUUUGACAGUGUGCUCCCCGGGAAAUACAAAAUCAGCAUCAUGCAUGAGGAUUGGUGCUGGAAGAACAAGAGUCUGGAGGUGGAAGUUGUGGAAGACGACGUGUCAGCGGUUGAGUUUAGGCAGACGGGCUAUAUGCUGAGAUGCUCCCUUUCUCACGCCAUCACUCUGGAAUUUUAUCAGGAUGGAAAUGGACCCGAGAAUGUGGGGAUUUAUAACCUCUCCAAGGGAGUCAACCGGUUCUGCCUGUCCAAGCCUGGUGUGUACAAAGUGACCCCUCGCUCCUGCCACCGGUUUGAGCAAGCGUUCUACACCUAUGACACGUCUUCACCCAGUAUCUUGACAUUGACAGCCAUUCGCCACCAUGUCCUUGGAACUAUCACCACUGACAAAAUGAUGGAUGUCACUGUGACUAUCAAAUCUUCCAUUGACAGUGAACCCGCCUUGGUCUUGGGCCCUCUGAAGUCUGCGCAGGAGCUGCGGAGGGAGCAGCAGCUGGCCGAGAUCGAGACGCGGAGGCAGGAGAGGGAGAAGAACAGCCAAGAGGAGGGUGGGGCAGGGAGGCCCAAGCCGCCCGUGCAGGAGAUGGUGGAGGAGUUACAGGGCCCCUUCUCCUACGACUUCUCUUACUGGGCACGGUCUGGAGAGAGAAUCACUGUCACACCCUCGUCUAAAGAGCUGCUCUUUUAUCCCCCCUCGAUGGAAGCCAUUGUCAGCGGAGAAAGCUGCCCGGGGAAGCUGAUCGAGAUCCACGGGAAGGCAGGUUUGUUCUUAGAAGGGCAGAUCCACCCCGAGUUGGAAGGAGUCGAGAUUGUCAUCAGCGAGAAGGGGGCGAGUUCACCCCUGAUCACGGUCUUCACUGACGACAAAGGGGCCUACAGUGUCGGCCCCCUGCACAGUGACCUGGAAUACACGGUGACCUCACAGAAGGAGGGCUACGUUUUGACUGCGGUGGAAGGAACCAUUGGCGACUUUAAGGCUUAUGCCUUGGCAGGCGUAAGCUUUGAGAUAAAGGCUGAAGAUGACCAGCCCCUCCCCGGGGUCCUCUUAUCCCUUAGUGGUGGUGUGUUUCGUUCCAACCUCCUGACCCAGGACAACGGCAUUCUGACGUUCUCAAACCUGAGCCCUGGCCAGUAUUACUUCAAACCCAUGAUGAAGGAAUUCCGGUUUGAGCCGUCCUCGCAAAUGAUCGAGGUGCAGGAGGGCCAGAACCUGAAGAUCACCAUCACGGGGUACCGCACGGCCUACAGUUGCUACGGUACGGUGUCGUCUUUAAAUGGAGAACCAGAGCAGGGUGUUGCGGUGGAAGCCGUGGGCCAGAACGAUUGUGGCAUUUAUGGAGAAGACACCGUAACGGAUGAGGAGGGCAAGUUCAGAUUGCGUGGAUUGCUGCCGGGGUGUGUGUACCACGUGCAGCUCAAGGCGGAAGGCAACGACCACAUUGAGCGGGCGCUGCCACACCAUCGGGUGAUCGAGGUCGGGAAUAACGACAUCGAUGACAUAAACAUCAUAGUUUUCCGGCAGAUUAAUCAAUUUGAUUUAAGUGGAAAUGUGAUUACUUCUUCUGAGUAUCUGCCUACGUUAUGGGUAAAGCUUUACAAAAGUGAAAACCUCGACAAUCCGAUUCAGACGGUGUCCCUUGGCCAGUCCCUCUUCUUCCACUUCCCUCCGCUGCUCCGAGACGGUGAGAAUUACGUUGUGCUUCUGGACUCCACGCUCCCCAGAUCUCAGUAUGACUACGUCCUGCCUCAAGUUUCCUUCACCGCAGUGGGCUACCAUAAGCACAUCACCUUGAUAUUUAAUCCCACGAGGAAGCUGCCUGAGCAAGACAUCGCCCAAGGAUCGUACAUUGCCCUGCCACUGACGUUGCUUGUCCUGUUGGCCGGCUACAACCAUGACAAGCUCAUUCCUUUGCUGUUGCAGUUGACGAGUCGACUGCAGGGAGUCCGCGCUCUUGGCCAGGCAGCCUCUGACAACAGCGGCCCAGAAGAUGCAAAGAGACAAGCCAAGAAACAGAAGACGAGGCGGACGUGAGGAGGAAGAGGGGGCAGCUGCAGUCUCACUGGGGACAGGCCACAGCCAGGGGCCACCACCUGCCGAGGGAUAAAAGCACAGAGCAUGCGUGGAUUACCUUCAGCCCGUGCUGUUGGCCCCGCUCCCCCGGCAGCCUAUACCUGUCCUCCCUUGCGUGUGGCCCCGUGUGCAAUGCAAUGAAUGGACCCUCCCAUCACUCUGCUGCACACAAUUUAUUUUCUGAGUCGAAGAUAAUUUAUUAUUAUUAUUUUUGUCAAAGAAGUAUUUAAGCUGUGCUGGUGGUAUGAGAAUGCCAUUCUUAACCUUUAGCAUUCGUUUGCAAGAAGAGCUCCAGUACACGUGGCGUUUGGUUCCAUAAUGAAGUUCCUUUCUGGUUUAUCUAUUUCCUUAACUUCCCCUUGACUUUGAGAUCCCUGCUGGGAACUACAGCAGCCUGUAUCUGCUGCUGGGAGAAUGUGGUAGGAGGUGAACAUCAAUAAAAGUGCCCGUUCAUGUGUGUUGUA